AUGACGGUGACAGAGAAAUGUGAUGUUUAUAGCUUCGGAGUUGUGGCACUAGAAACAUUGAUGGGAAGACAUCCAGGAGAUAUCCUAUUAUCAUCUGCUCAAGCCAUUCAAUUGAAAGAAGUGUUAGAUCCUCGUUUGUCACCUCCAACAAAUGAAAUUAUCAGACAAAACAUCUGUAUUAUUGCAACUCUGGCAUUUUCUUGCUUACAUUCGAAGCCAAACUCUCGACCUUCCAUGAAAUUCGUGUCUCAAGAAUUUCUCAAUCCCAAAAGAUCAUUGGUAGGUCUUGAAAUUUCUUUGCUGGAGCUGCAAAAUCGUGGCACAGAUGGUGAGAUAUCCCUCGUUGAGAACAAUAUGGACCCAUGCAUCAGCUUUGGCUUGGAAAGACAGUACGAAAUUACACAAGAAAGGCCAGACGAACUUGACUUGGAACCAGCCUAUGAGAAUGCCAUGCACUCCAUUUAUAAAUCUAGCAUUAUCAUUGAAGGCAAGCAUUAA